GUUUGGUCACACUGGUUUUCAGCUUUGUUUUUGUUGACUGAAAUAAAUAAGAAAAUUAUUUAAAAUGGACCCAGUCGUUCUAGUUUUAUCUUAUGGAAAUAUCGCUCCCAUGCAAAUUGUCGAAAGCAUAUUCUCCGAAUUGGAUCAACCAAAAACAUUGACUUCAACACACUGCUCACUAAAUUGCUAUAAAUGCAUUAUAAAAACGAAGUACUACAACACCUCAAUAAAUUUAAUUCCUUUUCCUGGUAAAUUGGAAAGUGUUCCAGAGGAAAUUCUUCAGGCGACUGAAGCCCUAAUCAUUUAUUUUGACUCAAAAAACACUUCGUUCAUCGACAAUAUUUCCAAGACAUUAUCAAAGAAUGAACAAAUCCAAUUGGGAUUUCUUUUGACGACUGCUUCUUCUGGAGAAGAGAGUGGAUUAUCCUUCGGUGAAAUUAAAGAGAAAACUAAUUUCUUUUUCGAUAUUAUAACAUUAAAGGGCAACAAUGAAAGUGAUCCAGAAGAGUCUGAAAGGGAUUUCGAAGAAGUAGUAGAAGGUUUAAAAAAUGUAGUUUGGUCCAAUGUUAAAUUUGGUUCUGAACACAAGGAAGAAAUAAGCUCAGACGAAUUGGAUAGCCAAUUAAAGGACUUUGAAAAUUUGCUUCUCACUGCGCAAAGCUUACGUAACGAUACGAGCCUUACUCGAGAACAAUUUCUUGAUAGAGCCGAGCAGUUCGCUGGAAUAGUUUCCUCCAUUUUAAAUGACAAUGAUAGCGAUUAGGCAUAUCAAACUUAUCAUAUGCAAACUUAUUGUACUGUUUGUUGCCAAUAAUAAAUGUUAAGUUGAUUCCAUUA